AUGGUUGCUCUUUUUAAAGAAGUUGGAAAUAUGGAUGACUUGAUUGAGGUUGAGAAGACUCAUCAAAAUAAUCAGUUGCACACUCCUUUUGGUGAGAAACCUUAUACUUGUAGUAUAUGCAAUAAGAGUUCUUUAGAAAAGAGAUGUUUAACAGUACACGAUCACAUUCAUACUGGUGAAAAACCUUAUUCCUCAGACAGUAACAUGAUUAGGCUUAAUGUUAAUACUAAUAAGAAUCUUUAUUUCUGUGUCAUAUGUAAUAAGAAUUUUUCAAACAAUAGUAGUCUGACUGUGCACAGUCGUUCUCAUAGUGGAGAAAAACCUUAUUCUUGUAGUACAUGUAAUAAGAGUUUUUCAUAUAGGUGUGGUCUAACUAAACACUAUCGCACUCAUACUGGUGAGAAACCUUAUUCUUGUAGUAUAUGUAAUAAGUGUUUUUUACAGGAAAUACAUCUAAAUAACCACAUUCUCACUCAUACUGAGAAGAGUAAUCUAACUAAACACUAUCUCUCUCAUACUGGUGAGAAACCUUAUUCAUGCAGUAUAUGUCAAAAGAGUUUUUCAACGAAGCGUAGUCUGAUUGUGCACGGUCGCUCUCAUACUGGUGAGAAACCUUAUUCUUGUAGUAUAUGUCAAAAGAGUUUUUCAGUGAAGAAUAGUCUGACUGUGCAUGGUCGCUCUCACACUGGUGAGAAACCUUAUUCUUGUAGUAUAUGUCACAAGAGUUUUUUAGAGAAGAAAAAUCUGACUGUGCAUAUUCGCUCUCAUACUGAGUUUUCAUAUAGGUGUGAUCUAAUUAAACACAAUCGUACUCAUACUGGUGAGAAACGUUCUUCUUGUAGUAUAUGUCGAAAGAGUUUUUCAGAGAAGAGUAGUCUGACUGGGCGCAUUCGCUGUCAUACUGGAAGUGGGAUCCUUGUUAUUAUAUGUAAUCAGAGUUUUGCUCAUAAAAGUAAACGGGAAGCGCAUAAACGUGUUCAUACUGUUGAAAAACCUUAUUUCUGUAAUAUUUGUAAUAAGAUUUUUUCACAAUAUGGACAACUAUUUAAACACCUUCACACUCAUACUAGUGUGAAACCUUAUUCUUAUAGUAUGUGUAAUAAGAGUUUUUCAAGGAAGAAGUGUCUUAACUGA